GCACAAGUCGUGGGACAAGGGAGACAGUCCUGGGCACCUUGGGGAAGGCAACAACACUGAGGGUCCCUCCUGAGUUCCAGAACCUCACCCGACGCUUUGGAGAAGCUACAUGGAAGAGGAACACAGAAGACCCAAAGCACAAACUCGUCCUGCUCAGGUACACAGAAGGCAACUACACCAACUACAUGAAGGGAAGAACUCGCUUCCACCAGGUGGAUUUCUCCUUGGAGAUCCUCAACACCAGCAGGCAGGACAGGCAGCUCUACGAGUACUUGGUCAGCAAGGGGCCGGAGGAGGAAGUCUUGCAGAUCUGGCUGGAUGUGUUUGAGCCUGUCUCUGACCCCAGGAUCCAGCACCUCAGCUGGUCCAUGGCCAACGGCAGCUGCACCAUCACCCUCAACUGCACAGCAGAACGAGGGGACAACAUCUCCUACAGCUGGGUCAACCAGGACCUCAGCACCCCGGGGCUCUGCUCCAGCACUGGCAGCAUCCUGCACCUUUCCUACCCCUUGCAGAACACCAGCAUCUCCUGCAGCUGCAGGGCCAGCAACCCUGUCAGCUACCAGGUUGUCACCUUCAACUCCUCCGGGUGCAGCUACAAACAAGAUGACAGCUCCAGCCUGACAACGGAGCAGCUCAUACUGGUGGUGCUGUCUGUGGUUUUAGUGAUCAUCUUCAUCAUGAGCAUCUUUUGGAGAAAGCACAGGGCCCGCAAGAAGCAAGAGCACCCACCACUGGCCCAGGCCACAGGGGUGAACACCAUCUACUCCCAGGUGCAGAGGGUGGAGAGGAGGAGAAGUAACCCCACUGAGCACCCAUCCUGCACCACCAUCUAUGCUGCAGCCACUGGGCAGCCCCUGGACAAGGUCCCAGGUCCCAGCAGAGCCCCAAGCCCCCCAUCCAGCUCCCCAGGACAGCCACAGAGUGAUGGGUCACCCUGA